AUGCCGAAGACCACAGAAUCCAACAGGUCGGGGGUAGAUCAAUACGGAGGCAACCACAAGCCGCAGGCGUUAUCCAAUCUGCCAGACUCAUGGAUUCCGUACAUCCAACUUGCGCGUCUCUUCCCCCCGGCCGGCCUGUUUCUCAUAUACUUCCCGCAUGCAUUUGGCGUAUUGCAUGCUGCUAUCCGAACCGGGGCGCCUCCUUCCACGGUCCUCUACGCUAGCAUGAUAAUGUUCGCCGGCAGCUUUUUCUUCUCCAAUGCCGCGCACAUUUGGAAUGAUCUGGUUGAUGCGGAGCUAGAUGCAAAGGUUGAUCGUACCUCCAAGCGUCCGAUUCCUCGCGGGGCUAUCUCCCCUGGCGCGGCGUUUUUGUUUGCCGUCACUCAAGCUAUGGGAGCAGCCUGGUUCCUGUCAUAUAUACCAGGUGGCUUCCUACAAGGUUUUCUCUACGCAUUGCCCAACAUCUUGGCAACCAUUUAUUACCCCUGGGCAAAACGACACACCCACUUUCCCCAACUAGUUUUGGGAUUGUGUUUGGCAUGGGGUACGAUCAUGGGAGAAUUGAUGCUGGGUGUUGGGGCAUUCACCGUGUCAGUUCCGGCUGAAUUCUGGUCAGUGAAUUGGGCCCAGGGAGGAUUUAGCUUUCCCUCUCUCCAUAUCACGCUAGAACCGAGUGUUAUGGCACUUUUCUUCGCCGGAACGUUGUGGACGGUUAUCUACGACACGAUCUACGCACAUCAGGAUCUGCAAGCGGACCUCAAGGUAGGGAUCAAAAGUUUAGCGGUUCUAUUUCAGACGAGAACGAAGUUUGCGCUGUAG